AUGUGGCAUUGCCCGUUUCCUGGUGACAGCGCUUGCUGUGUGGUUUCGCUAUGGAGUGAGUGUCUCACCACGCCCAGGGCCACUGCACAAAAUCGCCUCUGCUUGUAUUCCAUUCCGACUUGGGAGGUGGAGCGAGUGGCCUUGACCUUGUCAGGCCUCUUGGGAAUUGCUGAAGGCUUUCUUCUGAUGACAUCUUUCCCUGUCGAUGAAAGGAAGAGCAUGUCGGUGACCCGUUGCAUCCCAUUCAUGUCGACUCUGGCGCCGCAGCAGAAAUCCACCUUGAUGAUCAAGCUGGGCUGGGCACGACAGAUGUGGCGUUCUGCGAUUGACUGCUCCCCCUUCAUGCGGACUCUCGCGUUAGUUGACAGGAAGCAGUUUCGCACAUUCUCAGCGAUAGGACCGCCUGUACCAGUUCAGCUCGUCUUCUCGCAAGACGCGUUGCGCUCCUCGGGGUGCGUGAUGAAGUGUGCAGGAGAUGCAGAGCUUCUGGAUGCCGAGCAGUUGCACAAGCUUACGCAGAUGCUCAUUGACCGGUUUGGGUGUACUUCCCCUGCUACCCUGGAUCGAAUUGGUCACGUCUACGUCUACGUUGUGGCCACCUCCGGCAGAUUGGAGCAAGGCUUGGCUGAGCUCGAGUUCCGCGGGUACGUCGCGGCUGUCCGGGCCUCGGGCGACUUUUCCCAAUGCGAUGAGUCUGGCAUCAAGCCAGAGCUUGAUAGCUUCGAGGAGUCUGCAUGGGAUCAGCAUGAGCACGAAGACUGGCGUGAGUUAUCAACCACGCAGAAGCCUGCAGAGGCCGUCCCCGGGAAGAAGACACGUGGAGGGCAGCGAAAGCGGCCAACGCGAAAGGCCGACAGUAUGGAGUCCAGCUUCCACCUCAGUUUCGAGGGCAAGCAUCCCAAAGCAGCUGUGAACAUGUUCCUCUUUCGGUACACGGGGAGGGACGUCAUCAAGGAUGAAGAUUUUGGUACAGCUGCGAAGAGAGAUCCCAUGGCAUCGAAUGCAGUUUGCACAUCCCGGCGUGGCGAAGCGGAGCAAUCUACGUCGGCCAAGCUUGCGAAUCAAGCUGCAGAGCACCUACCGCCGACAAUGCGGGUGGUGAAGUAUCACACUCGCGAGACGAAGUCCCAGCGCGAAGAUCUCAGAAACAGUGGCCAACUUCA